AUGAAUGAAAGUUUAUACGAAAAAGAAAGACUUGCGAGAAAAGAAGGGGAUUUAAAUGCUCUUAAGUCUAUUUUUAUGGAAAUGUUACAGACAUGUAACACUGACCAAGAAAUCAUUUCACUUAUAAAAAUCCUUGCUGUUAGAAGAGGACAGUUACCCGAAUCUAUAAGGUGGCUUGUUAAUGAAAUAUUUACAAGUAAAAAAGAUGAUAAUAAAUUUAUUAAAAUGCUACUUUCUGAAGUUAUUGAAGGUAAAAUAUAUUUAGAAAGAGAAAGGGUUGAAUAUACUUUAUAUUUAAUGUCAAGGGCUUCUUCUCCUGAGGAAGCACUUAGUUUUAUUUUAGAUGUACCUGUAGAGACAUUUACUCUUAUAGAUGAUACUACAAUUAUUAGAUAUCAGCUUGAACAAUUAAGGUUGUGUUUAGAAGUUCAGGACUGGAUUAAAGCCAAUAUAAUUCUUAAAAGAAUAAGACAAAGAUAUUUUGAAGAAAAUAAUGCAAUUGAAGAGAGGUUAAAUUUUUAUACUUACAAGAUACGUUUAUUACUCGGACAGGGUAAUUUUUUAGAGGCAUCUAAGACUUAUCUAAAUUUAAAUAAAUAUUAUGAAAAGAAAGAAUAUGCAGUACUAGCAUCAUUUUUCUGUAUUAUUGCAGAAGAAAAGGAUUAUGAUACAAUGAGAAUAUUAUUAAAUGAUAAAUAUAAUGACAAAAAUAUGAGAAUAAUUUUAGAUCAAUUUCUUGAUAAUUUACUCAUUAAAAAAGAUAUUAUUGAAGAUUUAAAACAAAUAUUAACUAAUUUUUUAAAUAUAGAAAUAUUUAUGUUAAAAAUACAUGAUGCAAUUAAUUAUCAUAAUUUCAAGAUUAUUGAAAAGUUUUAUUCUAUUAUUAAUAUUAGUACUUUUACCGAUUUAAUGGAGAUGAAUGAAGAAGAUCUUAUUAAUAAAAUAUCAUUUAUGGUUAAUACACAACAGAGUAAAUGUAAAAUUAAUCAAAGAGAGAAAACAGUAACAUUUGAAAAUAAAAAGAUGAUUAAGAAUGUAGAUAAUCUUAUGGAUAAACUUAUUACUGUUGAUCAUUUAAUACAUAAAGAAACAUUAAAUAAAUAA